AUGGCCCAACUAAGGCCUGUGAGCGGAACGGACCAUUACCUAUGGAAAUUUCUCCCCUCGGUCCUCGCCGCAGUCAUAUUCAUUAUCUUAUUCACAAUCGUUACUGGCAUCGUCUGUUGGCGCACGGUGAAGACGCGGUCAUGGUUCUGCAUACCCUUCGCCCUCGGUGGACUCUUCCAGGUAAUCGGCUAUGCCGUCCGCGUAUUUGCUCACUACCGCACCGAUCUCAUCGCGCCCUACACAGUCCAGAGCUGUUUCAUCCUCUUGGCGCCCGUCCUCUAUACCGCCUCCGUCUAUAUGGUCCUCGGUCGCCUCAUUUGCAGCGUGCACGGCGAGCGCUUCUCCAUUGUUCGGCCCGCAAAGAUGACCAAGCUAUUCGUCUUGGCGGAUUUCCUAUCGCUAAACGUGCAGGGAGAUGGUGCUGGGUUGACGGUCAAGAAAAAGACUGAAACGGUGGGGAAAUAUAUAGUGGUCGCUGGCCUGCUUAUCCAGUUGAUCGCUUUUGGAUGGUUCGUUGCUGUUGCGUUGGUAUUCCACGUGAGGAUGCAGAGAAACGUUGACAAGGAGUGCCGGUUGAGGCCAAAAGUCCCGUGGAGGCAGGGGUUGAGGAUGAUAUACAUCUGCAGCGCGUUGAUCACGCUAAGAUCAAUCUUCCGCGUUGUCGAGUAUGUGAUGGGCGUGGACUCAUAUCUGCUGAUCAAUGAGUGGCCGAUGUACGCCUUUGAUGCGGCACCGAUGUGGAUUGUCCAGGCGGCUUUCCUUGUUUGGUUCCCGGACAGAUUCAAACCAGGGCAAUACGACAACAUUGAGGAUGGGCAUAUGCUGGUGGGAAAUGAGUCGGCAAGGCAGUAG